CUGGCGUGCAUCAGUCAGUCUCCUCCCAAGUUUCACUUGUGUUGGAUCCAAUAGAACUUGGAAAAUGUUUGGAAUCAACCCUGAAGAGUAUCGUUUAUUGUUUUCUUUACCUAAGUGUCUAGGCCAAACCUACACGAGAGCUCGGUUACAAUAAUGAAAGUGAAACAGUGAUCAGAGGUCAGCGCCGCGACGGACAGAUACACACACACUACGUGUAGAAUCAGAAUGGCAUCCAAGAUCUCUGUUCUGGAAGAGGAGCUCUCCUGUCCCGUGUGCUGUGACAUCUACAGGGAUCCUGUCCUCCUCAAGUGUAGCCACAGCUUCUGUAAAGACUGUCUGGAGAAGGACUGGCAGGAGAAGAGCUCUCGGGAAUGUCCAGUGUGUAGGAGGGAGUCUUCUAUGGAUGAGCCUCCUCUCAACCUGGCUCUAAAGAACACAUGUGAGGCCUUCUUACAUGAGAGAAGUCAGAGAGCUGCAGCAGGAUCUGAAGUUCUGUGCCAUCUGCACAACGAGAAACUCAAACUCUUCUGUUUGGACGACCAGGUUCUUGUGUGCGUUGUGUGUCAAACCUCAGAAACUCAUGAAAACCACAAACUGCAACCAGUUCAGGAAGCAACAGAAAAAUACAAGGAGGAACUGAGGACAACAUUGAAUCCGCUGCAGGAGAAGCUGGAAGUCUUUACUAAAGUAAAGAAAACAUGGGAAGAAAUAGCAGAGCACAUCAAGAACCAACAGCAGAACACAGAGAGACAGAUAAAGGAGCAGUUUGAGAAACUUCACCAGUUCCUCAAGGAUGAAGAGGCAGCCAGGAUAGCUGAACUGAGGGAGGAAGAGGAGCACAAGAGUGACACGAUGAAGGAGAAGAUUGAGAAGAUGACACAAGAGAUUUCAUCCCUUUCAGGGACCAUCAGAGCCAUAGAACGGGAGCUGGGAGCUGAAGACAUCUCGUUCCUGCAGAACUACAAGGACAUUAAAGGAAGAUCCCAAGUGAGGGUGAAGGAUCCAGAGGAGGUUUCAGGAGCCCUGAUUAAUGUGGCCAAACACCUGGGCAACCUGAAGUACAGAGUGUGGGAGAAGAUGCUGGACGUUGUUCAGUACACUCCUGUGGUUCUGGACCCCAAUACAGCACAUCCAAAAUUCGUAAUGUCUGAGGAUAUGACCAGUAUGAGAUUCAGUUAUGAGACCCAACAGCUUCCUGAGAACCCAGAGAGGUUUAACCGAUGGGUAUGCGUUCUAGGUUCUGAAGGAUUCAGCUCAGGGGAACACAGCUGGGAUGUACAUGUUGGGGAGGCAGAUUUCUGGAGGCUGGGUGUAGUUAAAAAGUCCGUCAAGAGGAAGGGGGAUGUCCCUGACACUCCAGCGGAAGGAGUGUGGAGUGUCCUGCUGUUCCAUAGGAAUUACGAAGCAGUGACCUCACCCCCCACCCUUCUCACAGUGGUGAAGAAACCCCAGAAGAUCAGGGUACAGCUGGACUGGGACAAGGGGCAACUGUCAUUCUCUGACCUCAGUCACAACACUCCUCUUUAUACUUUUAAACACAGAUUUACUGAGAAGGUUUUUCCGUUGUUCAUUUCUAUUGAUCCCACUGUUCCUCUGCAAAUAUGCUCCAUGAAAGUGUUCGUAUCAAAGUCAUAGAGAAAUGCAUUGUCAAUUUACAUUUAUGUUUAUUGGCUUGACACUUUUUUCCAAAGCAACUUACUGUUAAACUGUCUGCUAUGAUUUUUCUUGCUGAGGAAACAGCUGUAAUGUCCUUAUGGAUAUUAUUCUUUUUUCUCGUGAUAUGAUUGAAAGGGAAGUAAACCUGGCAGUUAAAAUGCUUUAUUGUGUGUGUCUUGUUUUUUUUAUAGUUUGUGCAUCCCCUGUAAUCUUGCUGGGUUGCUGUUUAGUGAUAUUGUAAUGAAUUUACAUAUUUAGCUGGUGUUUUUUCCAACAUUACCUGCAAUGUUAAUCUAUCUUCAAUUAUUUAAUCAAUUAUGCAGCUGGGCAUUUUUACUGGAGCAAUUUAGGGUAAGUAGUCAAGCUUGCUAUAUCUGGGGGUGGGAUUCAAACCUGCCGUGUUUAGGUCUAACUACUACGCUACCAGACAACAUCCCCAGUAACUCUGCCAACUACUUCUUGUAAAGCAUCUUAGAGAUUUUAUAUGACACUGACAUGUU